AUAUUAACUUUAAAUUUAAUUAUAGAGGUUACAAAAUAUACAUUCAAGGCUUUUAUUGUGGUAUUUUCAUUUAUUUUGGUUUUAGCAGGAUUUUAUAUGAAUAUCGAAAUCAAUCCAAAUGGAAAUCCAUUACAAUUUCACGAAACCAUUUAUUUUUUAGUUAUUACAUUAGCAACUGUAGGUUAUGGUGAUAUUUAUCCAUCGACUGCAUUGGGUCAAAUCACAAUUACUUUAGCGUUAACAAUUGGUGCUGGCGUUUUAAUUCCUUAUCAUAUUUCCAAAUUAAUGGAAAAAUUACAACAAGAUUCGCCAUUUUUAAGAAAUUUAUCAUCAUCAAGUAUUACAGGUCAUGUUAUUUUAUGUGGUGAUAUUUCAAUUUCUCAUUUAUUGGAUUUUUUAGCAGAGUUUUACCAUGAAAGAUAUGGUAAACUUAAAAAAGAGUUGGUUAUUUUAUCGCCAAAAGCACCCGACGAUAGAAUCAAAUCACUAUUACUCCAUCCAUUUUAUAAGAAUAGAUUAAUUUAUUUACAGGGAUCACCAUUAUUUGAACAAGAUCUUCAACGUACAAAGCUUUCUAAAGCUGAGGCAGUUUUUGUUUCAUUACCAUCUGCUUGGGACUCAUCCGAUACUGAUAGUAUUUUAUGCUCAUAUGCCGUAAAAAGUCAAAUUAAAAGUUUAAAAGUUUUUUCACAUUUGGUUUCAUCAAAAAAUAGAAACAAAUCUCCAUUUUUAAAAGGUUCAAUUUAUAUUGAGGAAUUUAGAUGCGCUAUGCUUGCUCAAUCAGUUGUAUGUCCUGGAUACAAUAUUUUAUUUUCAAAUUUAUUCACUUCAAGAACCAUACCAAAUAUGGUUUCAGAAAAAUGGCUUUCAGAAUAUUUUUAUGGCAGUAACCACUCUAUUUAUAUUGUUAAAACUCCAGAGUUUUUAGUUGGUGAAAAUUUAACAGAUGUAAUUUUAUCAAUGUAUUUUGGUAAUGGUACAUUAUUAAUUGGUUUAAUGUUACCUCAAACUGCAGUUGUAAAUAAUAUAUCAGGACCAGCAUUAACAUCCAGUGGCACAUAUAUCCCACAUUUAAAACAACAAAAAAAAGUAAUUUUACCGCCAAAAUUUGUAUUAAAUCCAUGCAAAAAUACAACUCUUACAGAAGAUAUGCAAUUGGUUUUAAUUUCACACACAGUAAAUUUAUCAACUAAACAAGUUAGUGCAGAGCAUACAAUUAAUUUUGUUGAUCCAAAUCGUAAACGUUAUCAAGAGUUUAAUGAAGAUAACCCUAUUUCAACUUUCUUAAAGAAUGUUAAUCAGUUUUUCAGUCGUUUAGCCGUACCAGAUUUAGAAUUACUCAUUAACGAAGUAGAUACGCCAAAGAAAGAGACUAAGGACCAGGUUAUGAAUGAAUCAUUAAAAACAUUUAUUGGUUCAAAUAAAUCUAAAAAUUCAAAUAACAGCUCAAUGAACUUUAGAAAGGAUAGUAUGCAAGGUAUCAAUAUUUCAAAUCCACACAGCAUCGAUGAAAAUCUUGAUCAAUCUAUUAUGGAGUUCAAUAAAGAUCACGAAGAAGACGAAUAUACCUCAAAAGAAUUAAUUAAAGCUCUUUGUCUUUCAGAAUACAAUGGCGAUUGGAUUGCAUUACUUAGUGACAUUAGUUCUCAAAAAACAACAAACCCAAAGACCGAAGAGAUCUUAGAAAGAAUUAGAUUAAUCAUCGAUAAACACUCCUUAAUGACAUUUACUACCCAUGGUAAAUUUGGUAAAGGCAAAAAAGGUUCCUCAAUGAAAGGCCAUAUGCUAAUUAUUUGCAAGAGCUUAAAAGGUUUGGAUCUUUUCCUCCAUCAUCUUCGUCUCCCAUACAUUUCAUCUAUCAAAACAAAUACUAUGGCUAAAUCUGGUGUUCAACCAAUUGUAGUUCUUUAUCAGGAUGAACCAGAUGAAUCUUGGUUUGCAACAGUUAAAACAUUGCCAUUAAUUGCUUUUAUUAAAGGUUCCUCAUCAAACAAUGUAGAUCUAGAUAAAUGUGGUGCCAAACAUGCAGAAACAAUCAUCAUUACCUCUGAUCCAUAUAACAGCUCAAAAGAACAAGGUAAUUUAGAAGACUCAUUUACCUUAAUGUCUUAUGUCGAUGUUAUCAAGAUUAAUAAAAAUGCUAAAAUCACAGUGGAACUUGUUCAUGAGCCAAAUAUUCGUUUCUUAGAAGAUAAAAAGAUUCAAGCUUGUGGUAGUAAUAAACGUUUCCAUAAUUAUUUACAAGCUAAUCAAGAAAAAACCUUUUUAAAACCAGAAUUUUUUUCAGCUCCACACUAUGCCUCUGGUAAUGUCUCUACUUUUACAGUUUUAGAUUCUCUCCUUUGCCAAUCACACAAUAAUGAAUACAUCAGAGAUGUUGCCCAUGAGUUGGCAUUUGGUGUAAAUGGCUUAUCCCAGUCAUAUCCAACAUUUGGUUUAUCUUCUUUUGUAAACAACGAUUCAAAAUGUUUCAGUCGUUUAGUUGGUGUCCCAGCAAUUUUUCAUGGAAAAACAUAUGGUGAACUUUUAAAAUAUUUCCUUCAGCAAAAAAAUCUUUUAGUUUUAGGUUUAUAUCGUUCAAAAGAACCAAUGAAUUCACCUGCUCCUUAUGUUUUUACUUGCCCCCAUCCAACAACCAAACUAUAUGAAACCGAUCAAGCUUAUGUACUAUCAAACUCUCCAAUUUAA